AUGUGCUUUGUGGCCUUUCCUUUCGUGUUCGAAAGUUGCCGGGGUGUUACCUAUGUAAUACGGCGGCGACAUGAAGAAAAACAAUAUAUUUUUAUCAUUUAUCAGACGUUACAUGUGUAUGACACCUACACUUCUCGUAGACCGGCUACACCUCUUCUAUUCUGCUCGUUAUUAGGUUUUCAAGCUGAUUUGGAGCCCUUCGCUCUGGCGAAGGUUUGUGCUUUGGUUCUUUGCAAUCUGUACCAAAAAGUUAAACUAACAUCUGCAGCUACAUAUCCCAUGGCUAGCACGGAAAGGUUUUUAGGGGUAGAAGCGAGCUUGAUGGUGUUGAUCAUCCUGGAGUUUGGUUGUUUUUUGGUUGCAGCCAAUUCCAAAGAGGGUGAUCGGAAUAGAAUUAUUCCGCCCUUUUAUAUUUCUAGAGAGGCCAGGAUAAGGUUCAAACGCCUUCUGCAAUCCGUCUCAACCUUAGUGGUGUACAUGAAAGUACACCCAAGGAAAUCGCCAACUUCGACAAUAUCAGUUGAUUUUGCGUGA